AUGUCUCCUCUGACGCGGCUGGCGCCUUUCGUUCGCGUCCGAAGUCGGCUCUUCAGAGGCUGCCGCGAGCAGACGGCAGGAGGCGGGGGCGUCCGUCAUGCCGGCGGCGGCGUGCACAUCAAGCCCAGCUACCGGCAGUUUCCCCAGCUGACCAGGUCCCAGGUGCUGCAGGCCGAGUUCUUCAGCGCGACCAUGUGGUUCUGGAUCCUCUGGCGGUUCUGGCAUGACUCGGACGCUGUGCUGGGUCACUUUCCAUAUCCGGAUCCUUCCCAGUGGACGGAUGAAGAGCUGGGUAUUCCUCCUGAUGAUGAAGACUGA